UUGGGAAUCGAACCGAAGUCAAAGUUUAGGGAAGAGGGUGCUGCAGAGGCCCUCUAUUUCUUAUUAAUUAUGACGGAGUUCGGUCGAGAGAUCCAACGGGACCGGGCUUCGUGCAGGCGAGAUUAGGGGGUGGGUACGGGUACGGGGCCAUCGCAUCUGCUGUCGUGUAGGGACGGGACGACAGCAUAGGAAACCAUCAUCAUCGUCUCGUCUCGUCUCCCCUUCCGGAAAACGCCGAAGCUGGGUGGGAUUUGGGGCGAACCCAAAUUGAGGGAAAAGCGUUUGGUCGCCUGCCAUGUAAUUUACUCUGGAAAAUGGGGAGAAAUGGAUGAUGGUGAUGGUGCUGCAUUGGCGAGGACCCGUGAAAAAGCUGGCGGAGACUCGCUCUACGUCUCUCUGGGUGUGAUGGGCUCGAGUUUGAUUUCCACGAGGCACCCCGAAUGUUGAAACUUUACCUUUUGCCUCUCUCGCUCUGAGCCUCUGACGCUCGCUUGAGGACUUGUCUUAGCUGGAGAGGGAAGGGGGGCUUGUGGCGGAUAAAUCUGAGCUCGACCCGCGAUUUCUCUCCUCUCUCUCUCUCUCUCGCUUGCUCGCUCGCUCGCUCGCUCCGUUUCAGAGUAGUCGCAAUGGCGGAAGCGAUUGUUUUUUCCGGCAAGGAUACAUUUAUCGUAAAGCCCCACAAGAAAUCUUCUCCUUUAUUGUAUAGGACCAUAGUAUUGUUAUUUGCGGCGAUGUGUGGACUAUAUAUCUGCUCAAUUUGCAUCAGGCAGAUAAGCAAUCAGUCUAGUACUAGAUUUCAGAACAUCCAGAUUAUUGAGGAGCCCUGUUGCAAUGGCAAUAUGGAAAAAUUUGAUAACCCCUCAAUGCAUUACCCAAGACCUCAAACUUUUAGCAGGUUUGAGUGUUCACAUAAUCCAGUGCGAUUCUUCACGAUCAUAUCGAUGCAGAGAUCAGGGAGUGGAUGGUUUGAGACUCUUUUGAAUAGUCAUGUCAAUGUUAGUUCCAACGAGAUAUUCUCUGUUUGGGAUAGGAGGAAAAAUAUUUCUUCCAUCUUACAAACGCUGGAUAGAGUCUACAACUUAGACUGGUUCAGCAGUGCUUCCAAGAAUGAGUGUUCUGCUGCAGUUGGCUUCAAAUGGAUGCUUAAUCAGGGAUUAAUGGAACACCACAACGAAAUUCUAGAGUAUUUGAAUCGUAGGGGUGUGUCUGUAGUAUUUCUCUUCAGAAGAAAUCUUCUACGUCGCAUGGUUUCGGUGCUUGCUAAUUCCUAUGAUCGGCACGCCAAAUUACUCAAUGGGACUCACAAGUCUCAUGUGCAUUCACCGGAAGAGGCUGAUACACUUUCAACCUACAAGCCGACAAUUAAUUCCACAUCAUUGAUAGAUGACCUGAAGGAAGUAGAGGCAACAGUUGCUAAAGCUUUAGCAUUUUAUAACACCACAAGACACAUCGUUCUGUAUUAUGAGGAUCUCAUAAAAGACCGAACUAAACUAAAAGAUGUUCAAGAAUUCCUUAAUCUGCCAGUAAUGGAACUCACGAGCCGUCAGGUUAAGAUACACAAAGGGCCGGUAUCUGACUUGAUUAGUAACUGGGACAAAGUCAACCGAGCACUCAGCGGAACGGUUUAUGAGAGCUUCAUCCAUGACGACUACUCCCAGGAAACUUCUAACUUAUAGGAUAGUGUGCUCUGUGUAGAUAUGCAGUCAAGCUCUCUCAAAUAGUUGUUACUGCAGAAGCUAACCAACACCGAUAAUGAUGUCCCAAAAUUUGAGUGGCUGCAAUGGUACAGCGCAACGACCAAAUUUUGGCUCAUUUGAUACUCUCGCCGGGCCAACCUUGCAUGCAGGUCUGCUGAAAUUUUGUGAAAUUUUGGAUGAGAAUGGUAUGACUCUCGUUUCCUUUUCUUUCCCUCUCUUUUCAAAUCAACACCUUGUUGAUCCUAGCAAAAGAAUCAACACCUUGCUGAUCCUUACGUUUAGCGUUGUAAUAGAAUCGGUGUACAUUUACUGAAACGAAAUUGUAUUGAGGUUGUAAUGAGGUUGAGAGUGAGAAUGAAGUUCAGGAUUAAUCACCAUUAAUGGUUUGAUUUUA